AUGGCAGGAGGGCCGCCCUACACCGUUCACUCUCCCACCCAGCAGCCUCGCUUCGCAAGCUACUCGCCCACUUCGAGAGACAGAUCUUCCUACCCCAACAAUGACCCGUACCAGGCACCUCCUCAUACUCCCCCAGCGUACCCCCCUUCCUCCAUGGCCCGGAGCCCGCGCUUCGGCCAUGCCCCUUCUCCGAUGAUGAAUCCCACUCUUCCCCCUUUGAACGGAUCAGCAUCCCAUCCUGACACUUCCCCAUCAUACCACGCCCAUUCGACAUCGGCGACCCCUCAGUUCUCCACACAUCGUCCGUAUGGUAGCUCAAAUAUGUCCUCGUCUGUCCAUUCCCCGCCUCCAAACCUCUACGGCCAGCAGGUCCCCUCCCACAAUCACCCGCACGGUGGGACCGAAUCGAUCACGCGAUCGCCAAAGCGUGACCACGAGACUAUGCAUGAUACUAGACCGAAUAGCAUGGGCUAUUCGUCUCAGUCGUCCUUGAUGCGCGAUUCGAGACCUGCUUCCACGAAGGAAUCAAAACCAACUAGAACAGACCCGAUGUCAUUUGCAAGCAUCCUUUCAGCUCCGACUGAGGAACGCCCUCCGCGGAAAACUACCUCCCCACCCCGGGUCAACAAAGUGAAUGAACCUUUGACAAUUGCCCCAGCGCCCAAAGUUGAAAAACCCAAGCAGUCCAGCUCGGAAAGGCGCCGCCAACUCGUUCACUUGGAACCUUCUUACAGCGACAUUUCACCCCGCCCAUCUACCAACGGCGUAUCCACAACAAAAUCCGCUGCCCCUACAACAAAUUCAAGGUCAAGGAAGCCCGUAUCUGACCGCGAGAACGAUAGGAUUGUUAAAGCGAUGGACCACAUUGAUUCCAUGGACAAGCGUGAGCUCGAAGCUCCAGGAUUUGAAAUUGAGUGGGCGCGUUACAUCCGCAAGGGAAAGAAACGAGCUCGUGAGGUGGAGGCCAUCGAAGCACGGAAACGGAGGCGACGCCAAAUUGAAUUCUUGAGCUCCCUGGCCAAAGUUUUCGAGAAACAACUACUAAAUGGGACUGAACGGUUUAACAAUCAGCAUGAGGCUGCCGUUCAAAUCGAAGUCCAACAGAAGGAGCUCCAGGAUGAAAAGGAACGGAAGAAGGACAUGCAAAGAAAACGGCGUCGUGAGAACACCGUCCGUCUUGAGACCCAGAAAAUGGAUGAGGCUCGCCAGAAAGCCAUUAAAGCAGAAGAUGCCGUGGAGAAAGAACGCCUGAUGCGCGAGGUUGAAAAGUCUCGCAAGAAGAUCAAGAGUACGAAACGUGCCUUGGAGCGAGGAAAUGAGCCUGAGGAAAUCAGUGAAGUAACCCCGAUGGCUCCGAACCUCGAAGGCGGCACUACCAGCACUUUCCAUGUCGCUUCGAAAUCUCCCCCGCCAAAGAGAAAGUCUGGCAAGUCUGGCUCCGCCUUGCGACCGAAGAAAUCCAAGGAGAAGAAACAGGCCGAAAAAGAUGCUGCGGAAGCUGCCUAUGCUGCCAUGGAGAAGGAUGACGAGCUUGUUCCUCUUGCUCCCAAGGAGGAUUCGAAGAAGGAAGCGUUGAAGAAAGAGGCCAAAGGUGCCCUCUCCAAGGAAACGACCCCUUCUCCUACCACUACGCCAUUCGAAUCCAAGGCCUACAACAUGCUAUACGAGGCUAUCUGGAGAGAGAUUUCUCGAAAAGAUGUACCCAAAGUCUAUCGUAUCAAGGCAGCUUCAUUGAGCACUCGCCAGGAGAACCUCCGUAAGACCGCCCAGCUGGCCAGCAAACAGGCUCGUAAAUGGCAAGAACGUACCAACAAGAGUAUGAAGGAUACUCAAGCUCGAGCGAAGAGAACUAUGCGCGAGAUGAUGUCAUUCUGGAAACGGAAUGAGCGUGAGGAACGCGAUUUGCGUCGUAUGGCUGAGAGACAGGAGCUGGAACUGGCCAAGAAGGCAGAAGCUGAUCGCGAGGCUAACCGCCAGAAACGAAAACUGAACUUCUUGAUUUCCCAGACAGAGCUGUAUUCCCAUUUCAUAGGCCGAAAGAUAAAAACAAGUCAAGCGGAACAGACAGAUGACACCGCUGGCGUCGAUACUGCUGCGGAUAUGGCCAGCCCGAAACUUGAUAUACCCCCUCCUGAGAACGACAUGAAAGUGGCGCCAAAGGUCACCAGUUUCGAAGACCUCGACUUCGAUGCAGAAGAUGAAACGGCAUUGCGGCAAGCGGCAAUGGCUAAUGCCCAAAACGCCGUACAACAAGCUCAAGACCGGGCGCGGGCAUUCAACAACGACGAUAACAAAAUGGCUGCCUUCGAUGAAGGGGAGAUGAAUUUCCAGAAUCCUACAAGUCUUGGUGAUGUUGAAGUUUCCCAGCCGAAGAUGCUUACUGCCCAAUUGAAGGAAUAUCAGUUAAAGGGUUUGAACUGGCUUGUCAAUCUCUACGAGCAAGGCAUCAACGGCAUUCUUGCAGAUGAGAUGGGUCUAGGUAAAACUGUGCAAUCCAUCUCCGUCAUGGCUUAUCUCGCCGAAGUGCAUAAUAUCUGGGGCCCGUUCCUCGUUAUUGCGCCCGCCUCGACCCUUCACAACUGGCAACAAGAGAUUUCGCGAUUCGUUCCUAACAUCAAAGUCCUACCGUAUUGGGGCUCAGCCAAGGAUCGAAAAGUUCUACGAAAAUUUUGGGAUCGCAAGCAUAUUACAUACACGAAGGAGUCUGAGUUCCAUGUUUUGGUAACAUCCUACCAGUUGGUUGUGCUGGAUGCGCAAUAUUUCCAAAAGGUGAAAUGGCAAUAUAUGAUUCUCGAUGAAGCCCAGGCUAUUAAAUCCUCGCAGAGUUCCCGCUGGAAAAAUCUUCUUGGUUUCCACUGCCGCAACCGACUUCUGCUCACUGGAACUCCUAUACAGAAUAACAUGCAGGAACUGUGGGCUUUGCUCCAUUUCAUUAUGCCUACCCUUUUUGAUUCCCAUGACGAGUUUAGCGAGUGGUUUUCCAAGGACAUCGAAAGCCAUGCCCAGAGUAAUACGAAAUUAAACGAGGAUCAACUGAAGAGGCUGCACAUGAUCCUGAAGCCGUUUAUGCUCCGUCGUAUCAAGAAGCAUGUCCAGAAGGAGCUUGGUGAUAAGGUGGAAAAAGAUGUUUUCUGUGACCUUACUUACCGCCAGCGCGCUUAUUACACCAACCUUCGAAAUCGAGUCAGCAUCAUGGAUCUUAUUGAGAAGGCGGCUAUUGGAGAUGAUUCGGAUAGUACAACACUGAUGAACUUGGUUAUGCAAUUCCGAAAAGUUUGUAAUCACCCUGAUCUGUUUGAGCGGGCCGAGACCGCUUCCCCGUUCGCUGCUGCAUAUUUCGCGGAAACGGCAUCUUUCCUGCGGGAAGGCCCUCUUAUCGACGUUGCAUAUUCAACACGAAAUAUUAUUGAAUACGAUCUACCACGCCUCAUUUGUAGCUCACAUGGACGUCUCGAUGUUCCUGGCCCAGGAAAUGAAAGGGCUGGAUUCAACGGCAAAUAUCUGUCUCACAUGAUGAAUAUCUGGACACCGGAGAACAUCAGAGAAAGUGUGAAACGGGACCAGGCAUUCUCGUGGCUGCGGUUUGCUGACACCUCCGUUGGAGAGGCUUUCGAACUGUCCCGCAAGGGAGUGUUUGAGCGCGCAAUAAAGCGUCGCGGAUAUUCACAGCGUCUGUCCCGGCUUAUGGUCGUCUACGAUGAUAAAGAGAACGACCUCUCCGCAGCAGUCCCUUCUCAUAGCCUGUUUAACAUCGUGGAGCGGAGUGAUCGCCGGGCCUUGGCGGAAAUCACUCGGGAAGGACGCAUGAAUGAGUUGCUGAAUAUUUCCAGCAGAACGUUCCAAAAUGCAGGGUUGGGAUUGAUCGAGCCGUGCGCUAAGCCUGGGGCGUUAGCGCCUCCGAUCACCGUCUCGUGUUCUAACCAGUUCGUCAACUUUGAAAUCAGAGACACUUUGUUCAACCCAUCCGUCCAGCACGCACUUUUUGGAACCACCACGCGGGCCAUGGAUGCAGAGAUUCUGGAGAAGAAGCUGGAUCCAGCUGAAUUCAGUUUCAUGCCAAUGCUUCCCCAGCCCCUAUCAGAAAAGGGCCGGUAUACCAAUAUCUCCGUACCAUCGAUGAGACGAUUCGUCACAGACUCAGGCAAGCUAGCUAAGCUGGACGAGCUCCUCCGAGAACUUAAGAACGGGGGCCACCGCGUCCUUCUCUACUUCCAAAUGACCCGCAUGAUAGACCUCAUGGAAGAAUACCUCACCUACCGCAACUACAAAUACUGCCGACUUGACGGCAGCACCAAACUCGAAGACCGCCGUGACACAGUCCUGGACUUCCAACAGCGGCCCGAGAUCUUCGUUUUCCUCCUCUCCACUCGCGCAGGUGGCCUGGGCAUCAACCUUACAGCCGCCGAUACUGUCAUCUUCUAUGACUCCGAUUGGAACCCCACCAUCGACUCGCAGGCCAUGGACCGUGCUCACCGCCUUGGCCAAACCAAACAAGUCACCGUCUACCGCCUCAUCACCCGCGGGACCAUCGAGGAGCGAAUCCGCAAGCGCGCGCUGCAAAAGGAAGAAGUGCAGCGAGUGGUUAUAUCCGGCGGCUCGGGCGCUGGUGUUGACUUCAACACGCGCAGCCGCGAGAACCGCACGAAGGAUAUUGCCAUGUGGCUUGCUGAUGAUAACCAGGCAGAAAUGCUUGAGCAGCUGGAGAAGGAGGCCAUGGAUAAAGCUGAGGAAAUGGGGGCGACAGGGAAGAAAGGAGGUGGGCGGAAAGGUGCUGCUUCUUCGGCUGGUGGAAAGAGGAAGAGGGAUGUCACGUUGGAUGAUAUGUAUCAUGAAGGAGAGGGACACUUCGAAGACGUCAGCGCGAAGCCAUCUGGCGCUGCGACACCUGUCUCGGCGGGGGAUAAUCAUCAUAAACCCACUGCAGGCUCUAAAUCUCGACGAGGCGGCCGUGGUGGCGGUGGAGGCGCGAGCCGGUCGAAGAAGGCGAAGACGACCAAGGAGCGAUUGCGGUUGAUUGAUGGGGAUGAUUGA